AUGCUAUGCCGGGUUGAAGGUGUCAAAACGCGUACACAUCGUUUUUUCACGUUCUUGUUUUAAUAAAUAUAUUGGUUUUGAGUGAAGCGUCCCACUUGAGAGCGGUGAUAAAUCAGAUCAGGAAUUUGUAUUCCUUUUUCAGAAAGUGAAAUUUAACUUAACACUGACGAUAUUGGUGUAAAAUGACUUCAACUGAAAAUACGUUGAACAAAGCCGCGGAUAACGGCAAAAAGUUGAACGUUGGUAACUUGCCUGCCGAUGUGACGGAACAGGAGCUGCGUGACCACUUCGACGAAUUUACCGUAGAGAAUAUUGAAAUUUUCCAUUAUUUGAAGUACACCCUAGCUCUGCUAUUGUUCAAAGACAAAGAUACGGCAACGAAGGCACUCAAAGCUAAGGAUGGUUCUAUGUUCCGGAAUCGCCGUCUGCGCAUGCAUAUUGAAUACAUCGCAAUUUGGAAUAUAAAGAAAAAUGUGUUUGUCCAUUUGGUAAAUGAGGAUACCACGGAAGAACAAGUUUAUGAUAAAUUCAAAGAUGUGACUGAAAUAACAGGCGUCUUAGUAUUCCAUCCCCUGGCAUACGUAUCAUGCAAAACACAGGAAGAGAAGGAAGCUGCUAUCAAAGAACUCAACACCGAAGAAGUCACUGUUUAUGAUUUAACAGGUCAUGAUCAAAAUCAUCACAUUGAAAUAUGGCGCGCGGCAAAACUGUUCUUCCGCAAUCUGCAUCGCGUUUCAUUGAUUAACUUACCUGAGAAUUGGGUAUCCAAUCAAGAAGAACUUAAAAAAGCGGUCGAAAGCAGUGGGAAAUUACUUGAGGUGAAAGUCAUCAACAAUAGUCAUGGCGCAGUCGCUCAGUUGUUUUAUGAAGACGAAGCUACGGCUAAGAAGGCAGCGCAGUCUUUGAAUCAACAAGUUUUUGAAGGUAAACGCAUACAUGCUCUACAUGUUACAGCUGCACUUAUUCCGAACUACAAAACGAGUGUGUACCUAACUUCAUUAGAUAAAUCUGUUUCUGAAGAGGCAAUUUACGAUCAGUUCGUACAGUUUGGUGAAAUUGAAUUUGUCAGCCGCCGAAAGUGUGCUGACGAGCACGCAAUCAUUUGCUUCAAAAAUGUCGACGCUGUGGAGAAAGCAUUAGAAUGUAAGCUGCUUCCAGUGCCGAAAGCAGACAGUAGCGAGACCGAAGAUAAAGCCAUUGGAGUUAAACGAUACAAUGGACCGUUAAUAAUUGACCUCAAACCAUCGCAUGUCAAGAAAUUACUUGAGGAUGGUGAAGAAUCCAAAAUGCGUCCGCCCCCGCUUCCGUUGGCAAAAUUGUGGCCUAUUUAUGUGUCUAAUCUUCCCUACACCGCGGAUAAACGUGACAUGAGAGAUUAUUUCUCCAGCGUUGGCGGUCACAUUAAAUUUAUAUUCUCGCCAAAUAUCCCAGCCUAUAAGACCAGUCAAACAUCGAUGGUGAUGGCUGCGUUAAUAUAUUAUGCUCGCCGUGAGCAAGCUACUGAUGCGAUCAAAGCUUUCAAUGGAAAGCACUUUCAAAACCGCUGUCUCCAUGUGUUCCCAGGACGCAAGGACACAUAUUUCAAUCCCGAAACAUCCGUAAGAUUAGUGCGGUUGACUAUUGGCGUUAGCGAAGAGAAGCUUUUUGAAAAGUUUCGCAAAUUUGGCUUCAUCGAGUGUGUUGUGAAAAGGAAUCGUAACACGGCUCUUAUUGAGUUCCGUGAUAAGGAAGUGUGCGAUAAGGUCUUGCAGCUGCCUGAUGGUGAGAAACCGGUUCGUUGUGGAAUAGAACCUUUGACAAAUAAAGUGAAUCGUAAAAUUUUCAAAGAAAAUGAUGAAAAGAUUUCUUUGGCUAUGCAAGAAAUUAUUGAUAAGAAUCCAGCUGUGCUGGAAAAUGUGCAGUCGACGAGAUUUAGCGGUCCUCCACCAUUAAAACGCGGUCGGUUCAAUGGCCCAGAUAUUAAUUUCGGUAACCCUGGUAAUCGCAAUGAUUUCGGAUCUAACAGUGGUAACAAUGACUUCAGUAAUCCACAAGUCAUUCAGGAUCUCUUGCGUUUGGCAUUUAUUUCGGGAAAAAGUCUUGGCGAAGGUUUGGCCAGUGGUAAUAACCCUUUCAAUAGCUCAGAUCCGUCGUUAUCAAGUUUGAAUCUGGCAAAUGGAUUCAGUGGACGUAACUUUAGUAACACUUCAAGCAACGGUAAUUACGGUAACAGCUCUGGAAAUCGUAACAGUUUUGGCAACCAGAACAAUGCCAGUGGACGUAACAAUUUCGGUGGUCAGAACCAAAAUCGAAACAACAAUGGGGGUGGAAACUUUGGAGGACAGAAGCGUUUUGAUGGAACCCCGAAUAAUUCACAGCAGAACCGUAACCAGAACCAGAACCGCCAGAGUGGUGGAAAUCCAAAUAGAAGGUUCUAAGUUUUCAGACAGUAGUAUUUCCAAUGACGCGACAGCUAGAUUAAAUGCGCUAGAGUAAGACUUCAAAACGUAUUGGUCAUAUCGAAUUGCAGGCAUAUUUUUCAUAAUCUUGUUCCAAAUUGCAUAAAGUAAAGCAUAAUGCAUAAAGUAAAGCGAUAACACACCGUGUGAAACAGAUCGAGUAUUGAAAUUCAAUUCAAUUCUUUGUUUUUACAUUUAAACGUUAUGGUAGCAUGAAGGGAAGAAAAUGCUGUCAACAACUAGAUUAUGGAAAACAUACAUGUUAUUCGAUAUGAACAACAUUUUUUUCAAGUACAUAUAACGACGAUAUACUUGUCUUUACGAUUUAAUGAACUAUAGACCAUUGUGUUUUGAACCAUAAUUCAAAAAAAAUAUAUAUACAACUUCUGCAGCAUAGUUGUAUUUAUCGGUAGUUUAUAUGAUUAUCUCUACGAUUUGGUUUAUUUUAAUCACAGCACUAUAAAAUUUUAUGAAGUAUAUUGAAACUCAUUGAAAGUAUGAUUAACAUAAUGCAUGGAAGAAUAGAAGAUCUAUGAGCAUUUGAGAUAAUGAAUUUGUAAUGAUAUCAAUAUUUUAACCAUUUUCAUGAUAACAUUAAAUAUUGAAAUCUUCCGUCGAUGGGUAUUGGGAGAUGUUUGAGACCACCUCAUGAUCGUGUGCGUUUGGUCCAUCACAAUCACCCUGACGAAUUUGAAUGAAAUUAUUCUAUAAAAUCAUAUUGUAUCUUAGAAAUGUAAGAAUGUUUGUCUUUUUGCAUCUUGGAAAGUUAAGAUUACAAGAAUAGUGAAAUUUUUGCACUUAUCUAAAACAAGCGUAGCUGUCAACUGGAGUAAAAAAUUACAGAGCAUUUCACUGUUCCCAGGAAAUGGUUAGAAAAUUUCGAAUUGACUUUUAUUGAAUUGAAUGGUCUUGUGACAUUUUUAUGAGAGGUGACAGCGGUGUGGUACGCUAUAUGGUAGAAUAUUAGUUUUCGUCUGUUUAUUUCUAUAGCUUCGUGCUGCGGAGUAUUUCUUCCUUUUAAUUCUGCUAUUACACAGAACCCACGAGAACAAUGGAUAAAUCUAUGGAGCAUAUGUAUGGUUCAAGAUCAGAAGCCGAUUAUUUAAAAUUCAGUUUACGCAUGCAAAUGUGGCGUGCACCUAUGAAAGGAGCGGGAGCUCAUUGCGGUCGUAGCUGCUCUGAUUGAUUACCCAAACAGGAACUGACGAGGUGUGAACUAAGGUGGUCAAAGAAACAGUGAAUCACAUUUGAUUUGAAUGAUUGUUCCAGUAUCAAUGGGUAUUGUAACACAUUAACAUAACAUAACAUUAAAUUGUAGUGUGGAUAAUUAUAAAAUUGUACUAAAAGAAUAAAACAGUGCAAAACGUA